AUGUCUGUCACUCAGCAGGGGACAGCAGCGCUGCGUAAAGCAAAGAAAAUCACGGUGAAAACGUGCCUCGAUAACCCCUUUGUUUUUCAGUGGAAAACCAUAGAAGGAGAAGAUAUGCAUUUUAUACUGCAGACGUUGGAAGAAAGGAUUAAACAUGUUGGUCUGAAAAAGAUUGAGACUCCAAGAAAGAAAAAACGUUGCCUUUCAAAAAAACAAAUGGAAAGGAAGUGCGAUGCUGGCACCAAAGUACUCCCUAAAGAAGAGGAGACGGAAGGCCAUCAACAGAACCUGGGAUGGACUGACAUCAGUAUCCGGAGACAGCUCGCUAUUGGAGUUAACGAAGUUACGAAAGCCUUGGAAAAGGACGACCUGCUGCUCUUGCUGGUGUGCAAGUCUGCCAAGCCGGCCAUGGUCACGUCGCAACUCAUCCAGCUGAGCGCGAGCCGUGCCACGCCGGCUGGCCAGGUUCCCCGUCUCAGCGAGACGGUCGCCCCGCUCCUUGGCUUAACAUCUGUUUUGGCACUAGGCUUUAAAAAGCAGUCCGAUACGUUUACUGAAGCAAUGGAAGCAAUCAUUCCAAAGAUCCCAGCUUUGGAAGUGCCGUGGUGUCAGUUCAGAACUGCAGAAUCGGUGGCUUGUGCAUGUACAGAUCCUGCAGAACAUCCAGAACCCGAGCAGCUUGCAGAGGCACUGGGGGACGAGCUCACAAGGCAGAAGCGGAAGCGUACGGAAAGCAAUCAGCUCGAUCUUUCGAAUGUAAUUUUGCAGCCUUUGAAAAUCAAGAAACUCGUUCCAAAUCCAAACAAGGUAAAGAAACCUCCUCGCAAAAAGAAGAAAGCUUUUUCAGCGUAA